UCGUACAUACGCACAUUUGCUGUCUACGCUACAUAGAUACACUUAUCGUUGGCAUUUAAAAGUUAAUAGUCCAUCGUUGAAAAUUAGACACAGCAGCAAUGAAAUUAUUAACGCAUAAUAUCUUGACAUCACACGUGAAAGGUGUAACGAAAGGCUAUCCUCUACUAAUCAAGGCGACUGAGGUCAGAGUUAAUGAAGUAGAGUUCAACCCUCAGUUUGUGAGCAGGAUGAUUCCGAAGUUGGAGUGGAGUGCCUUGGUACAGGCAGCAGAGGGGCUUCUACAGUUAGGGCACCUACAGGAUCUGCCCAGCUCACUCAUUCAAGACUAUGAAAAUAACGAGGAGUUUCUGCGUAAAGUGCAUAGAGUUUUGUUAGAGGUCGAGGUCAUUGAAGGGUGUCUUCAGUGCCCAGAAUCAGGAAGAGAGUUCCCGAUUUCCAGAGGGGUUCCAAACAUGCUCCUUAAUGAGGAUGAUUCAUAGUGACUCUUAUUGUUGACUUUCGCAAACAGCUUGUCGUCCUGUACUUAUGUACUGUUGAAUCUGGUAUGGAUGCAGUCAUUUAAACAGCUAUGUUUGGAUUUAUUGUUAAUAAUUUACCCCACGUAAAAAACUAUCUGAGACAUUUACAUUUAUAUGGAAUCCUUAUUCCUCAUACAUCUUUCCUUGCCUACGGAAGCUAUUGCAUUUUGUAUUGUGUUU